CGGUUCCAUUCCGCCUCUAGCAGUGCACUCCGAAAAACCCAAGAGCCGAAAGUAACACAACACAAACAUGGCGGCUGCUGCCACCGACACACACCAAUAAGAACAUCGCCAACAAGUGGAACAAACAAAAGUUUCCUGGGAUUAUUGUAAGGUGUACGUUUUUUACGAUCAACGGCGAUUUUUCCAUUCUCACAAAGACGGAGUAUCGCGGCGGUCGGAGCAACAACUUGCCUACAUGUCAACGUUCUCCUUUUUAAAGCAGUAAACAGCUGGCACAGGUCCAGCCAUGAUCGAGGACAAGGGCCACCGUGUGAGCGACUACUUCGUGGUGGCGGGUCUGACGGACCGCUCCACGCCCCUGGAGCAGGACCUGUCGGAGGCCAAGGCCGGCGGGCCCAAGGCACCCAUCUGCGACCUGGCGGUCAUCAACCGGUCGGCGGGCGAGACGGUGCCCGAGGGCUUCACCUGCAUCGAGAGCACGCCCAGCGGGCAGCCUGCCAACCUCAACCAUGGCAGCCUCAAGAGCCCAGAGCUCUUCCUCUGCUACAAGAGAGGCCGCAGCAAGCCCCCGCUCAUCGACAUCGGUGUCCUGUAUGAGGGGAAGGAGCGGCUGAUUCAGGGCUGUGAGGUGAUCCAGGCCACGCCGUUUGGCCGCUGCGCUAACGUGAACAACAGCUCGGCGACGUCCCAGCGCAUCUUCCUCACGUUCCGGCGCGACCGGCCGGUGCAGCCGCAGAACUCCCUCUCCGUCACCGACAUCUGUGUCAUCAUCACCAGCAAGGGGGAGACGCCGCCGCACACCUUCUGCAAGGUGGACAAGAACCUCAACUGUGGCAUGUGGGGAUCCAAUGUGUUUCUGUGCUACAAGAAGUCGGUCUCCGCCUCUAACUCAAUCGCUUACAAAGCUGGUCUGAUCUUCCGCUACCCAGAGGACGACUACGAGUCCUUCCCCCUGUCAGAGUCUGUGCCCCUCUUCUGCCUGCCCAUGGGAGCCAAGAUCGAGUGCUGGGCGCCCAACACGCCCUACCCGCUGCCCGUCUUCUCCACCUUCGUCCUCACCAUCUCCUCCGGGGAAAAGGUGUAUGGCGCGGCGAUCCAGUUCUACGAGCCGUACCCCGUGGACCAGCUGAGCGAGCGGCAGAAGCAGCAGCUGGGCCUCCUGACGGCCGUGGAGAAGAAGCUCAUCACCGACCGGCCCGUCAACACCAACAAGUGCAUCUGCCUGCUCUCCCGCUGGCCCUUCUUCGAGGCCUUCCGGAAGUUUCUGCUCUUCCUCUACAAGCUCUCCGUCUCCGGCCCGCACCCCCUGCCCAUCGAGAAGCACAUCUCCCACUUCAUGCACAACGUGUCCUUCCCUUCACCUCAGAGACCCAGGAUACUGGUCCAGCUCUCUCCACAUGACACAUUAAUCCUCUCUCAGCCUGUUUGCACUCCUCUGCCUCUAAGUGGGGCAGACUACCGUACGCUGUUGAUGAAUCUGGGCUCAGAGAACUGUGCCACUCUGCUCCACUUCGUCCUCAUGGAGAGCAAGAUCCUCCUGCACUCCCUCAGGCCUGCCGUGCUCACAGGGAUUGCAGAGGCAGUGGUAGCGAUGAUCUUCCCGUUCCAGUGGCAGUGCCCCUACAUCCCCCUGUGCCCCCUCUCCCUGGCGGGGGUCCUGAACGCCCCCUGCCCGUUCAUCGUGGGGGUGGACUCCCGCUACUUUGACCUCUACGACCCCCCCGCAGACGUGGUGUGUGUGGACCUGGACACUAACACCAUCUACCUAUCGGACGAGAAGAGACACUUUAACUCGAAGAAUCUCCCCAAGAAGCCCUGCAAGAGUCUGCUGACCUGCCUGGGCAACCUGCAGAACCAGCUGGCUCUUGUGCGGCGGACGGCUCCAGAGGGCUCUGCGGUGGAGAUGACCCCCAUCGAGGCGGACUUCACGUGGCAGAAGAAGAUGACGUCCCUGGAGAUGGAGAUCCAGGAGGCCUUCCUUCGCUUCAUGGCCUGCAUCCUCAAGGGCUACCGCAGCUACCUCAAGCCCAUCACCCAGGCCCCGUCAGAGAAGGCCACCGCUGCAGACUCACUCUACGACCAGCAGGGUUUCCUGAAGAGUCGGGACCGUGCGCACCAGAAGUUCUACGCACAGCUGACCAAGACCCAGAUCUUCAUCCGCUUCAUCGAGGAGUGCACCUUCGUCAGCGACAAGGACACCGGACUCGCCUUCUUCGACGACUGCAUUGAGAAACUCUUUCCGUCCGACAAAGGAACAGACAAGGGCACAAAGGUGGAGGGGGAGACAUCUGAGGACACUCGUCUGAUGGAGCUGGAUGAAUCUCAGAAGAGCGAGCACACCGUGUUCGUCAUGCCCCCCGAGCCCCUCCCACACGUCGGACCCGACCCGCCCACCAGAUACAGUUAUGAGACUUUCCCCGGUCUGUGUCUGGACUUGUUUGACCGCCCGCCUGAGCUGCGUCCCGCUCUGAGCAGUCGAGCUACAGGAGCCAGCCUGUCCAGUAGCCCCGCCCUGCUGGCCAAGAGGACCAAACAGGAGAUCAAGCUGGCGGUGAAGAUGGCGAAGCGUUACUAUAGCAACCCGCCGCUGUGGUCGCGGUGCCUGAUCAGCCACUGCUACAGCAUGUGGUUCAUCUGCCUCCCGGCCAGCGUGCGCUCCGCCCAGGCCAAGACCCGAGCCAUGCAGCAGGCCUUUAAUGUGCUGCUCAAGCUCAGGACCACAGAGGUGGAGAUGCUGGACGAGGUGUGCUACCGUGUGGUGAUGCAGCUGUGUGGACUGUGGGGAAUGCCUGUCAUGGCUGUGAGAGUGCUGAUGGAGAUGAAGAAGGCUGGAGUCCAACCCAACGCAAUCACCUACGGAUACUACAAUAAGGCGGUUCUGGAGAGCACGUGGCCCAGUCAGAAUCGCAGCGGCCUGUUCAUGUGGACCAAAGUGCGUAACGUGGUCAGGGGAGUGGCCCAGUUUAAGCAGGCCCUGAAGGGCUCCUCCAGCCCAGAAGAGGGCGCUCACGUCCCCACUGUUGUGUCAGCUGACAGCAGGGGGCGCUCUGAGGUGGACAGGCUGAGUCACGGCAGUGCAGACAGCUCUAGUGAGCCCAAUGGAAACGAACACACACUCUUCUCACGUGGACUCUUGGUGGGAGACGCUACAGGUAGCCACUGCAGUACAGGGGGUCAGUCAGAUCAAGGCUACGGCUCCAAAGAUGAGCUCCACCAGGAGUUAUCCUCCUCCUUGCUGCCAGCUCCCAUACAGCCAGUCAAGAGCAAAGCUGGCCAGACACACAACGAGGAGGACAUAGCUGGUUCUGUGGACAGCGCCGUCGCCGUGACGACACCCCCCAGUCCAGCAGAUGUGGCCCCCCCUCCCCCCAGCAUCGUGAAGCUGUCCACCGGGAGCUUUGACAGCACGUCGGCCCGAGAGAGCGGUGGUGGAGGAAGUAAGCUCUUCAAGCUGCGCAGCAAAAGCGAAGACAUCGCCCUGCCUGAGGACGAGGUCUGCCUCCCUCCCGUCGUCGUGACUACGGACGGCGGCUCCGGGGCGGGCGGCGCCAGCGUACCACCCGGGUCUGGCGGCGGGCGCGGGGGCAGCGGCGGUGGUGCCGCAGCGGCGCGGGCGAAGGCGUUUGCGGAGCGGAGCUGCAGCUUCAGCACGGAGAACAGAGCGGGCAUGCUGAGCAAGAAGGGCAGUCUGGAGCUGAGCAUGGCGGCACACAUGGGCGCCGACGCACGCAUCCUCGCCAACGCCCUCACCGGUGCCAAGACGCCGCCGGUCACAAACACACACACGCCGGUCGCUACGCCCACUCCCACCGCAGGCGCCGGCCGAGGCUUCGCCUUCCCAGAGCUGGAGGGGGAGGAAGAGGAGGACCCAGAUGAGGAGCCAGAGGAGGAAGAGGCUUCGCCAGACACGCCCACCCCCCGAGAGGAGCAGGAAGAACAGAAGGAAGAUGAGAAAGAGGAGGAGGAGGAGCAGGAUGUGACGGACGCAGACGCCGGUGGGCGGGGCUCCUCCGAGGUCACGACCCCGAGCAUCGGGCGGAGCAUCAGCUCCUCGUCCUCGUCGGGGGGGGGCACGCGGCUGGCGGAGCGCUCCGACGUGAAGACCGGCGCCGACCCGCUGUCUCUCCUUGCGUCGGAGAGCGAGGACGCCACGUCCAUCCAGAGCCAGGAGUCCCAGACCCCCCUCACUGCCCCCCAGCGGCAUCUGGCCGACGCCAUCGAGCUCUACAUGAAGGACCAGAGCCUGGGGACCAAGGCCUCCAGUAUGGAGUUCACCCAGCCCCCCGACGCCUCCUCCGAGUCCGAAGGGGGGGCCCAGCCCGCGCCCCCUCCCCCUCCCCCGGGGAAGCAGCCGCUGGAGCGGCGGUCCAGCCUGCCGGUCACGUCGCCCCCGAAAGCGCCGGGGAGCGCGAGCAGCACCCCGAAGCGCAGUCCGGUCGUGUCGCGCUCCAAGACGUUCGUGGCGAAGUCGAGGACGCUGGGGGCGCUGCAGACCCCGUCUCCGUCCCCGUCGCUAACGGCCCUCGUGCGCUCCUCCCAGAGCGGCUCUCUCGGCUCCGUCAUCAACUCCAUCUCGGCCAUCAAGAUGGACGCCCUGCUCUCGGGACCCAAGAUGGACGUGUUCAAGUCGGGCAUGAAGCAGGCGGCCAGCGUGGCCAGUAAGGUGUGGGGAGCCGUGGCCUCCGCCUACAGCUACUCGGACGACGAGGAUGAGCAAGGCCAACACAGGGACAGUUUCCCUGCACGUCUGGACGACCACUUUUUGGCAGGGGAGGGGUCAGGAGCAGAAGGCUCCACCCCCAGGGGGUUGAUCCCUAGCCUGGCGUCCAAUGGGCUCACACACAGCUCCACCAGUCUGGGCAGCAGCAGUGGGGGCAGCGAUACACACCACAAUACACCCAUGACUCCAGGAAGGUCGAUGAGAGGCGGGGACUCGGAGCAAGGCUCCUCUCAUCAUGCCAGCUCUUCCAGCAUCUACCAGAACUGCUCCUUAGAGGUCCUGAUGUCGAGCUGCUCCCAGUGUGUGAAGUGUGAGGCGCUGGUGUACGAUGAGGAGAUCAUGGCGGGCUGGACAGCCGACGACUCCAACCUCAACACCAGCUGCCCUUUCUGCCACAGCGCCUUCCUGCCCCUGCUCCACGCGGAGUUCCACGACCUGCGCCCAGCCAGCGGCUUCUACCUGAAGCCGAGUGAAUCUGGUGACAGCCUCCAGGGCACACAGCCAAUCACCUCCUCAGAACAGAAGGUUGGCUCCACCCCCCAUCCCAACAAUUCUAGUGACCUCAUCAGCUUCCCAGAAGCCUCGGAGGAAGGAGAAGAGGGCGAGGACGCCGCCACAAGAGAGACUGGAGCACAGAAGACGUUGGAGCCAGCCCAGUCUGACCCGCUGGGCCUGCUUGAGCGUCAGGAGAAGCGCGGCACCUCUCUGACCCGGAGCAACAGUGUGGGCGGUCCCUUACAGAGCCUGGAUGGCAGCCAGCGGCCCAAUCACGGCGUCUCCACCACCAGUCUGCCCAAUAGCCUGCAUGAUGUGGCGGAUUCCUUGGGUCAGAAACGAGCCAAUCCGAUGCCGGUGUCGGUGCCGUACCUGAGCCCUCUGGUGCUGAGGAAAGAGCUGGAGUCACUGCUGGAGAACGAGGGAGACGAGGUGAUCUACACUCAUAAGUUCCUGAGUCAGCACCCUAUUCUGUUCUGGAACCUUCUGUGGUAUUUCCGCCGUCUGGACCUCCAGAGUAACCUGCCUGGACUCAUCCUCACCUCAGAGCACUGCAACAACGGAGUACAGCUGCCCCAGUCCUCCUUGUCAGCAGACAGUAAGCAGGUGUACAUCCAGCUCCUGUGGGACAACACUAACCUGCACCAGGAGCCCUCCGACCCACUCUACAUGCUGUGGAGAGGCUUCAUGCAGAAAAAGGGGACCAUGGCUCCCACCGACCAUCAGGAGACGCGCAACCUCCUGAACAGCAUCGUGAGGAGCAUCCAGACCAACGACGUGUACACCCCCAUAAACAUGCUGCUCAGAGAGGUCAAACGACACCCAGAGGUCAAGAGGCAAAGGAGUAUCUACAGGGAGAUCCUGUUCCUGGCUCAGGUGGCGCUGGGCAGGGAGAACAUUGACGUGGAGGCCUUUGACCGGGAGUACAAGCAGGCGUUUGAGGAGUUGAGUCCCGAACAGCAGAAGGCGCUGUCCACCAUGGACCGCCCGCCCGGCAAGAGUGUGCAAUGGUGCCUCAAGACAUUUGGAGCGCCCUUCAUCUGACGCCCCCUGGAGGACUGGAUGAGCAACAGCAUCCCCACACACACCCCCACCCACUCAACAGCCCGUCCUACCCUCCGCCCACCCCAACCGCUCCUGGAGCCGUGCCAGGGUCAACUCUGUAGGGGGUCAGGGGUGAAGGGUCAUGGCGCUAUGGAAACGGGCUUCUUGUUAUGUUCCUUCGUCGUUGUUUUUUUUUUUUUACAGUCGUUGGUGACACCUUCAGCACCCUGACCCAAAGAUGGUACUUUCCAUAUCUCCCUCUUGCAGCAUCCUGCUUCCAGUGCUAAUGUUGUAGCGUCCUGUUUUCAGUGCUAAUGUUUUUGUGUUGUUCGUCACGGGCCCGCAGCUUUCCAUAGCUUUUGCUCUGACACCGGGGUCUGAUGGAGGCCCCCUCCUUCAGCUCCACCAGACUCUGGGUCUGCCCCUCGGAGUUACCGCCCCACCAUUGGAGUCUGCUGAAGUGCGCAGAAAAGCUGCAAGUCUGACGGGAAGGAUGUGACCUAACAUUGAUGUGUGUGUGAUGUGUGUGUUUUGGAUGAAGGAUGUGGACUAGUGAGGUCUGAAGCCAAUCCCCCCCACACACACACUCACACACACACAACCUGAUUCUUGACACCCCCCCCCCCCCCCCCCUCCAUGUGGCAGAAACAGUUGCCGAGUGGGUGUGUGUUCUACACACCAGGGUCGCCAUGACAACCAGUCUUACUAUUUGAUGUGCACUUUCGGAUGAUGGUUGCUCGGUCGGUCGGUCUGUUUUAAUUUUAGUUGUAGUUUUUUAUGUAUAUAUUUUUCUACGUUGGGCCUCUGUGUGUGUGUGUGUGUGUGUGUGUGUGUGUGAACCAGGUUGCCUUUCUCCCAGACAGGGCUCGCACCCUGAGACUUCUGGGUAAUUUGUCUUAAACAACCAGCUUAGGGGGGCACUAGGGGGUGGCCACUGUCGGUGUGAGAGAUUUUGUGUGUGUGUGUGUGUGUGUGUGUAUGCAUAUAGCUUUUGGCCUGCAAGUGUAUAUGUGUGUAGCUGUGUGCGUGUUCAGCAGAUUUUGACUCACCGUAUGACUGUAUGAGUGUGUGACUUCUAACUGAGGCCAGGUUGUAACAUUCCAGAACACACAAAAGAGUCUUGAUAAAGGUGUUGAUGGUGGUGUGUGUGUGCGUAGUAGUGGAGAUGUAUAGCAGUCAGACCGCCAUCUUAUCUCUGUGAGACAUUAUCAGUCGUCAGGGUCCUCUGUGAUAAAGUCGCAUGACAAAGCGUCUUGGGGGAUGAAAAACUCUCUCUCUCUCUCUCUCUCUCUCUCUUUUGUUUCUCUCCUCUUUUUCUGUCUUCUUCUACCACAUACACAUGCAUUCAUACACAGGUGUACAGACAAGCAUAAUGAUGUAGAUAAACACACAGAAAACACAAAUAUCUACUAAAAGUAAAAAGAGCAUAUCACUCACACCACACACACACACACACACACACACACACACACACACACACACACACAUCUAUACACAUGCACAGUGCCUGUGGGGACACACGGGACAUUAAGCCUCGCCACCUCAUUGGUGUUGCGUGUGUGUGUGUGUGUGUGCUUCUAGCGCUUGUGUUUUUAACCACAAAUGUUUUAAUCCCUCACACACACGACAGAGGCACACACACAUGGUGUGUAGGACACACUUCUUAGGCGAUUUUGCACAGUGUGAAGGCAGUGGUGAGAAGACGUGUGUACACACACACACACACACACACACACACACACGCACGCACACACACACCACACCAUCGCCAGCCUUUCAGAGAAUGAAUUUAUCAGCAGACGAGGGGGCUAAGUAGGUCACGUGCCUUGUAGCGAGGGCAUGGUAGAUUGUAUUACUACUAAAUUAACACAACAUAGUCUGCCUUAAUUUAUUAUUUUGUUCUUUUUUUGUAUAGCUGAAUAUACAUUUAGAAUCAUUGACAGUGAAUAUACAUUUAGAAUCAUUGGGCUGGUGUCAGAUACAUGUUUCUUUACUGAGGGCUCUGCAGUUAUAGAAAACUCUAAAUCGCCAUGCAGGGCUGUGAUGCAUCAUACUCAUUUGGACCUUUGUCUAAAAGCUUGCUUACGAGGACCUCUAGUGGAUGUUUAGAGAAUCACACAAGGGUUUGGUCUGAAGAAGCAGACUGCUCUUCUCAAACAGCAGAAUGUGAAAAGUAUCCUUAAUUUAAAAAUGAACUGGGAGGAUUUGCACACAGACUUCAGCGCGGAGUGCAUUUGCAGCACGGUUUAUUUUUUACCUUCAAAAGCUGUCCUAACAAAGAAGGACAAUUUGGGGCUUGUUCUCCGAAGUCUGAAAGAAAUUGAGAUUAGUGCUAUGAGCAAAACAUUCCGGUGUGUGUGUGUGUGUGUGUGUGUGUGCAGGGUGUAGACACAGUUUUUGGUGUCUUGACAGUGUCCCCCCUUAGAGUGAAUGUGUGCGUGUGUGUGUGUUUCUGUGUGAGAGAGUGCGUGUGUGUGUGUGUGUGUGUGUGUGUGUGUGUGUUUCUAAAAACUGGGAGAACCUGAAAUGUGUACAUCAUUUUUUUUAUUUGCACAUAACUCGAUGUAUUGUAUUGUAGAGAUCUCCUUCAUUUUUCUGCUGCAGUUUAACACCUUAACACCAAGUGAUUCCCACAACUCUCACUUUUGUGUACAGUCCACUUGUGUUCUUCCCCCCCCCCCCCCCCCCAAGGUGAACAACAGAAGCCGUCCUCUCCACCACAACAUCCAGACCCUCGACUCCUCAACGCGGCCAGUGAAAACAAUGAAAAUGCUCCCUAGUCCAGUUCACGAGUUUAACUAAAACUAUAUAAAUCCAGCUUCAUGGCUAAAACCACAACACACCAGAGCCCCUGAGGACCAGGUCUGGAUGAGUGGAGGUGAGGACGCGUUCUGAAGGGCCUGUCUUGUUGAUCUCUUCCUGUGUCAUCCUGUGGAAUGGAUUGUGGCCUGCAUCUACAGAAUUAUACUGCAAUAAAUGAGUUUGGUCCUGA